UUGCUCCCUCCCACGAAGCUGCUUCCUGGUGUGCUCGUGACGUUGGCUGCAGAGCCCGCUCACACAGCAGCUGCGUUGUCGUGGCUCCCGGAAGUGGGGGGUGGGUUUGUGCCGGGUCGUCAUGUUGUCGCAGGACAGUAAUGAUGACACUGAAGAUGUCUCACUGUUUGAUGCAGAAGAGGAGACGACCAAUAGAUCAAGAAAAUCCAAAAUCAGACACCCAGUGGCGUCCUUCUUCCACCUGUUCUUCCGGGUCAGUGCGGUCGUGGUCUAUCUCCUCUGCGAGCUGCUCAGCAGCAGCUUCAUUGCCUGCAUGGUGACAAUUAUCUUGCUGCUGUCAUGCGACUUUUGGGCAGUGAAGAAUGUCACAGGUAGACUAAUGGUCGGCCUACGUUGGUGGAAUCAUAUCGAUGAGGAUGGGAAGAGCCACUGGGUGUUUGAGUCCAGAAAGUCAACUCCUCAAGACAACAAAACCAUUUCUGAGGCCGAGUCAAGAAUCUUUUGGUUAGGACUCAUUGCCUGUCCAGUCCUAUGGGUGAUCUUUGCCUUUAGUGCCCUCUUUUCCUUCAGAGUGAAGUGGCUGGCUGUGGUGAUCAUGGGUGUGGUGCUGCAGGGUGCCAACCUGUAUGGCUACAUCCGGUGUAAAGUGGGCAACAGGAAGAACUUAACCAGCAUGGCCACGUCGUACCUUGGAAAGCAGUUUCUGAGACAACACACUGGAGAUGAUCAGACUUCGUGAGUAAGAUGAAGACUGUGUCAUGGACUCUGGGAGCGACGGACAAGAUUCUUGGUGUCUAGAGCUCAGUCUGUUGCAGCGUGGGGUGUUGUGUUUGUUACUUAAAAGCUUAUUUAAAAGAAGGAAACCACAUGGGGCUGAGAAACAGUGUGUUUUCUGGAAACAGUGUCAGAGUGUGCGUUGAGUGUAUGUCUGUAUAGACAGUCCUAUAACAGCAAUAAGUCUCAAAUCCGUGUGUCCUUCACAUGUGUAAGGGACCUUUGCAUUUUCAUCCAUAGACUGUAGGAAGAGAGGGUCAGUCUGCCUCAAAUAUCUGUGUUUGCAUAGCAUUCUUGCAUAUUGUUUUUUUGAGGUAAGUUUUGAUUCAGUGGUAAGGGUGAACAUGUUGGUUUAUGUAUGAAUUAGAAACAGUUAUUAAUUUUAAUGUGUUCUUUUUGGUAAAGUUCCUUAUCUUAGACCUGUUUAAGCAAGUAAAAGCUAAAUUUGGGCACUAAGGUUAAGUGAUUUUUAAAUUUUGUAUUUACUUGGUGAUAAGUCAUUCCCUCAAGGUCCAUUUGACAUGAGUGGAUCUUCGUAGCUUUGGAUAUACGGGGGCUGCGUUGCUGUGUGUGUUGUGGCCAUAGAUCACUCUGGGACCAUCUGAAAUCUCUGAGUGGUCUUUGCAUUAAGUUAAUGAAAUAUUACCUUUUAAUAAGAAUAUUAUUCUUGUGUAAUAAUGAGAGUAAUUGCUUAAGUACUCGGCAUAAUAAAUGCCUUUAAAACAUUGUAUGAAUUUAUUUUUUUCUUGUUAUUAUGGGAAUAUUGUAAAUUACAUAUUUGUAUUAAGGUUAUUUCCUAAGACAAAGCAAUAUACUAUAGACUAAACCAAAUGUAAACUGUUGUAGGCAACUGAAUUCUUUUGUAGUAACUGUAAAUUUUGUUGGAAUCUUUAGAUUAUGCUGUGAAUACAUUUGUCCAUUGUUGGCACAUUUUAAAUGUCUUGUUUAUUGA